AAAGGCACAGCCUGCUGCAGAAGGAAAGCUUUGUUCCAGAAACCUCAGCCAGCACAGAGCAGCUGAAGAGGAGAAGCAGUCAGUCACUAGCUGCCCAAGGUUCUGAGAAGCCCAAGAGGACGCCAGUGUCACCUUCUCUUUACCAGAGAUCCAGAAGCUCCAACUCUUCAGGCUGCUGAAGGGUUGUCGCAGUUAUUCCCAAGACUUGCCGUGGACACCACCGUGAUUGCUCCUAUUCUGUUCUUCGGGUUAAUCUGCCUUGUGUGGGUUGUGCACGGAAGACCAGUGGAGAGUGGUAUCAUGGCUGGAAGAAGAACCAGAGGUAGGGAUGGAAAGACUCAUGCCUUCAUCCCUGAGUCCUUUGAUGGACACAAUCUAAAUGUGGACCGAUGGCUACACCAAUUUGAUGUCAUUAGUGACCUCAACAACUGGGAUGAUUCUACUCAGAUGAGGUUCCUGACUGAGUCUCUCAAAGGAGAAGCCCUGGAUGUGUACACAGGACUUAGCCCAGAGGCCAAAGGUGACUGCCAGGCUGUGAAAGAUGCCCUGGCUGAAGCCUUCCGUUCUGAUAUUGAGCAUGGGCAACCUCGCGGCCCCAAGGUGAUAGUAUUUGCCAACAGUAUGGGCAAAGGAUAUUACCUCAAAGGGAAAAUUGAGGGUAUUCCUGUGAGGUUCCUAGUGGACUCUGGAGCCCAGGUGUCAGUGGUUCAUCCAGAUUUGUGGGAGCAGGCCACUGAUGGAGACUUGGACACCCUCCGACCCUUUGAAAAUGUGGUCAAAGUGGCCAAUGGGGCUGAGAUGAAGAUCUUAGGCAUCUGGGACACUACAGUGACCCUGGGGAAGCUUGAGAUGGAAGCUGAAUUCUUGGUGGCCAAUGCAAGCACAGAAGAAGCCAUCAUUGGGACCGACGUACUCCAGGACCAUGGUGCCAUCUUGGACUUCAAGCACCGAACAUGUACCCUGAGAGGAAAGAAGUUCCGCCUUCUGCCUGUUGGAGGCUCCCUGGAAGAUGAGUUUGAUCUGGAGCUCAUAGAAGAGAUCUCUGACAAUUGAAGAGGUUCUCUUUACUAACACCAAAAAAUACGAUCUGGGGGACUGCCAGGAAGGUGAGGGUUAGGUGGGGGAGGAGGGUAGAACACAGCCCCAGUAGGAGCUGUAAUUGACCAACCUUCUGGAACCAAUCCUCUUCUUCUCCUUCCUUCUUGCAGGGCUCAAAUCUGUUCCUAUAGUUGCGGGGUGGGAGGGAAGGAGCAAAGGUUUCCGAUGAAUAAUGCAUUGGUGAGAGAGAGUAGGCCUGCGUUCCUUACAGAAGUAGUCCCUAAGUGGAUGGCUUCCUUCUCUUGUCAUCUUGUUCUCAUUGCAAAGUUGCAAAGACUUAACAACUAGAAAGCAACAUCUAACAGGGGGCUAGAAAUCUACUCUUUGUGCAGAGGACUUCAGUCCCCAAUCCCCAACCACUAGAGAUAGUUAUACUAAGCCUUCAGGGGUCCCUACUAAGAGUCUCUGCUAAACUAUUCACUGACUGUGAAUAUUUCAGAAGUCUCCCAGUGGUGUGGUUCUCUAGGAGGUCCCCAAAGCUAUCUCUAGAUUAUCUUCUUUCCUACUCCUCCUAUCUGUUCUGCAUGACCUAUUUCUUAUUGUCACCUACUUGAAAGCUUUGGAACCUUGUGCCAAUGAUUAGGCUGUUUCUAAAACCAAUAAAUACUAAUUUGACCCAAUUA